AUGAAUACAUCAAUGAUUGAAUUUGAAAUUAAUGCAACAUGUACAGAUGUUUUGCAACAGUCAAGAUACUACAGUUUAACUUUGUAUCUACCAAAUACUGAAUAUCUAUUUAUUUUCUUAUUUCAAUUGAUUAUUGGAUGUACUAUUGUCAACAAUAUCCUAACUAUUCAAACAUGUCUUUGCAGAUCUAUACGUAUAACGAAUCUUGGUGUUUAUCUGAUAUUUCUCUCACUAAGUAAUUUAAUACGUUGCAUAUUUCUAGAAACAUCAAUUAUAUCUGAUACACAAUCAUUGCAACGUACAAUUCUAUUCUAUAUAUCAGCUAUCUUAUUAAAUCUCUUAAAUUUUCUAGCAAUGUGGUAUUCAAGUAUGAUUGCUUGCGAACGUCUUUUUAUAGAAUGUUUUAAUUGUGCUCUCUAUGCAACACGUAAACGUGCUUGUUGUCUCUCAUUUAUCAUACUUAUAUUUACGUUUCUGACACAAAUACCUACAUUCUUGUUAUAUUUUGGUAACUUUGAAAUAUCGACAGUUUUUCCUAAUUUAGUAAAAAGUGUAAAAUGUAUUGAAUUUGGUACUGUCUUAAUUACAUGUUUAAUACAUAUUUUAUCAAGUCUAUUUGUCCUUAGAAAUAUUAGUGUACAUAAAGUAUAUAUUAAUUCAGGUGAAGAAAAAUAUUGGUUUGUUUGGAGACAACAAAUGAAGAAACAUAUGAAUUUUUUCAUACCACCCCUAUGUUAUAUUUUAUGUAUAGUACCAUGGUAUCUUUUUAAACAUGUUAUUUAUUCAUGCGAUCGUAUUGGUCCAACAAUAACUUUACGUCUUUAUUUAAUUUUAAUAACAUUAGCAAAUAUACCAUUUACAAUGACAUUUGCUAUUUAUAUCUAUCCAUCGACUGUUUAUAUAAAUGAAUUCAAACGUUCAUUAAUUGUAUUGAUGACAAGAGUAUUUCGUUAUGAACCUCAAAGAGAAAGAACUGACAGUAAUUUGUCACAUGUGACACAAAUUUAUACAAUUUAA